GGAUUUGUUUGUUUAUCAAUCAGGAGGUUGUGUCAAUCUAGACCAUAAUGCACACGAACCCAGUGCAGUAUGACAAAACCUCUCUUUCUCUCCCGUAGUUCCAUAUCUAACACUGUUGUUACAAUGAUCCUUUUGUCGUUAUAUUCUCUGUUUAUUGUUGGUGUUGAUGCAUUCAUUCCUAAUGCCUUUACGCCGUAUAUCACUGACAAGGAUUACACUCACCAAGAUCUGACGGAACGCGGUAUUUUGUUGGCGGUUGCUGAGUAUUUCGAGAGUAAAGCCGCCCCUGGACAAUCCGCCCCACCCCAGGCUGGAUCUCUGACGGGGAUAGUAAAUAUAACAGCACGGAAACUGUUUGACACUUACUAUGGGUCUUACGUUCCAGAGAAGAAGUUUCAAUCUGCCAUUGAUGAUAUUGUCAAUCACAACUCUCGAGUGGACCGAGAUCACCCAAGAGAGGCUGCCUGGCAUUUCAAUGGCGAACAAAUCAGCCAAGGGAAUGAUAUUUUAUUGAACCUACGAUCGUCAGCUUUUGACGCCUUAAAUGUCUCGCAACCAAAUUAUGCCACGGCUCGUAAUAUGAUUGGACAAUACUUGCAUGUUCUUCAAGAUUUCUAUAGCAACACGAACUGGAAGAAUAUUAACACAUCGACUUACUACAGUGAUUUAGGCGUUCCUGGCAAAUCACUACUUCCUAUAGCAGCCUCAUCUGAGGAAACCUGUAAAAACUGUGGAGCUUUGCUUCCUUGUUUGUUUGAUCAGCCGGUGUUGCCCAACAACAACAAACUGACCAGCGGAUACAGGAGUGGACAAGAUAUCGUUAAACCGUCACGACCAACAACAGAUCCACAAGGAAAAUGCAGUCAUGGCGGGAAACUUGACACUAGUGCCACUACAUCUGCUGCUGUGGGGGGAAUAAACAAAGAAACAACGACAGCGGCCUACUCACCUCUCUCUAUUGAUCACAAUGUAGUUUCAGACCUUGCCAUUCAACAUACGAAAUAUUUCUUCUCUGGCAAAACUUAUGGAUUGAGAGCUGUGUUUGGGGAUAGUAAAUUUGAAAAUCUUCUACAGCUUCACGCUGGAAUAUCUCUCUGCUUUGUUAUUGAUACCAGUGUUUCUACAGAAAGGGACGCAAUCAAACAAGAAAUUCAGAAACUGGUAUCCUCUGGAAGUAAUCCAUACAACUAUAUAUUGGUGUACACAAAUCAAGGUCAAAGUACGCCGACGGUUAUAACAAAAACCAAUGGUAAUGAUAUAAUAUCUGCCUUCAGUUCCAUUAACAUACCAACGAACCAUUCCUGUACCUACUCCGUAUCAGGGACAGAAGCAGCGGUUACAGCGGCAGAAUAUGGAUCCAAAAUCUAUGUAUUCAGUGACGCUACACCGAAGAAUGAUAUAACAAUAAGAUACAUACAAGCCAUGGCUACAGAGAAAGACUUAAGGAUAUCAUUUCUUCUCACUGGACAAUGUAAACAGAAACGCUCCACAAACAAAUGGUCUUUUCUUUUUAAAACCAAAAGAGAAGAACAAAAACAAUUACACUUCACACACCAGUUUCUAGUUCCGAGUGGGAGUAAUUGGAUUAGGUCAACAAGUCCUAUAACAGGAAAAAAGGUUUUAUUGUCAGUGAGAAUUAAUGAUCCAGAUGCUAUAAUAUCACUGGAUUCCAUCAGAAUUGGCAACCUCAAACAGGCACUACAUAAACUUAAAAGAGGUCGCAUGUCUGGAGUAUAUUCUACAUUUAUAUCAGACUUCCCAAAAAUCCAAGGCUUAGACGUCUUCGUUCAGGGGAUGACCAAAGAUGGACUAAUUUUUCAAAAUAAAUCACAGGAAAUAUAAUUUAAUUUGAUAAACUGCUUUGUCAUUCUGAAUAAUAUUCCGUCCAACAGAAUGAUUUAUUCCACUUCAUUCAAGAAUAGACAUUGUAUAUUUUAUAUGACCACUUACAAGGAGGAUGAAAAAUUUUGUUCUUAUUAUUUAUGA